AUGAUGCCCAUACUUGAAGAAGAAGAGACAAGAAAAGAAUUCGAUAUUCACGAAUAUGGCGAUCAUUUAUUAAGCAUGUUCAAGGAGGUUGGCGAGACGAAGACGCUAGACGAGCUGUUGGUCGGUCGGAAAAAAUACGAAGUUAGCCGAUAUUUUCUUGCCUGUCUUAUGAUGGCGAAUACGUACAAUGUCCGCGUCGAGUAUGAAAUGGGCAAGGACGAGAAUGGAGAGGAAAAAUCAAUAAUGAAAGUUACCUUGUUGAAGAAGGACAGGCAUCAUGAAGUUUUUGAUAGAGCAGGAGCGUUGUGA